AUGGAGCACCACGGUGGGGAGGAGAUGGACUCCAAAGAGGAAAGUCCUCAGGUGUGGACUGACUCUGCUGAGCAGGAACAGAAUACUGCUCAGGUGCACUUUGUGCCCGAGGGGGGCACGGUGGCACAGAUCGUGUACAGCGAUGAGCAGGACCGGCCCUCGCAGCAGGUGGUCUACACGGCCGAUGGCACCUCCUACACCUCUGUGGACACCUCAGAGCACACCCUGGUUUACAUCCAUCCUGUGGAAGCUACCCAGACUCUGUUUACAGAUCCGUCCCAAGUGGCUUACGUCCAACAGGAUGCCACCACCCAGCAGGUCACUGUGCUCUUGCCUGCUGCUGCUCAGAGCAUGAAUCCCACCAACCUCUCCGUGCUCGGCAACGUUGCCGAAUCCCCCCAGCAAAUGGCUCUGGAGCAGGGUCCACAAGCAGAUAGAGCAUCAUUACCGGUGCAUAACCAGGUGUUACCUCCUAUGGAGGCAGUGGAUGGCUCUGACCCUUUAGCACCCCUGCAGAAUCAAAUGGGAAGAAUGGAAGCAAAAGAGGAAGAUGAUGAUGAUGAUGAUGAGGAUGAAGAAGGGGAAGACACUGACAUGGAUGAAUGGGAUCCAGAUCCACCUCGACCUUUCGAUCCCAAUGAUUUAUGGUGUGAAGAGUGCAAUAAUGCCCAUCCCUCCGUGUGUCCCAAGCAUGGGCCUCUGCAUCCCAUACCCAAUCGGCCUGUGCUGACCAGGGCCAGGGCCAGCCUGCCCUUGGUGCUCUACAUAGACAGGUUUUUGGGAGGUGUCUUCUCCAAGAGGCGGAUCCCGAAGCGCACACAGUUUGGACCGGUGGAGGGCCCCCUGGUGAGACAGACUGAGCUCAAAGACUGUUACAUCCACUUGAAGGUUUCUCUUGAUAAGGGUGACAGAAAAGAGAGAGAUUUGCAAGAGGACCUAUGGUUUGAGCUUUCUAGCGAGGCUCUUUGUAACUGGAUGAUGUUUGUGCGUCCAGCUCAGAACCAUUUGGAGCAGAACCUGGUCGCCUAUCAGUAUGGCCACCACAUUUAUUACACCACCAUUAAAAACGUGGAGCCCAAGCAGGAACUCAAGGUGUGGUAUGCUGCCUCUUACGCAGAGUUUGUGAACCAGAAGAUCCAUGACAUAUCUGAGGAGGAAAGGAAGGUUCUCAGAGAGCAGGAGAAGAACUGGCCCUGUUACGAGUGCAACCGUCGCUUCAUGAGCUCAGAGCAGCUCCAGCAGCACCUCAACUCCCAUGAUGAGAAGCUGGACUUCUUCAGCAGAGCCAGAGGGCGAGGCCGUGGGCGAGGAAAGAGGAGGUUUGGACCAGGCAGGCGCCCAGGACGCCCUCCCAAAUUCAUGCGUAUGGAAGUCACCAGUGAAAAUGGGGAAAAGUGUGAAGAAGGGACACAGGACUUGCUGCAUUUUUCCAGCAAGGGGCAGUUUGAUGAGGCCGGACAAGCCACACUGAAUGGGUUGGAGCAGCAGGAGCAAACUCCAGUGCCAUCAGAGCCACAGUCAGCACUGGAGCAGCAGCAGCAGCAGCCAGAAAACCACCCACUGCAAAUCCAGCCGCAGCAGGAAGAGAGCGCGGUGCCCACACAGAGCACCAUGACAGCAGAUGACAUGAGGCGAGCAAAGCGUAUCAGGCUGGAGCUGCAGAAUGCAGCUCUUCAGCACCUGUUCAUCCGGAAAUCCUUCCGCCCCUUCAAAUGCCUGCAGUGUGGGAAGGCCUUCCGGGAGAAAGACAAACUGGACCAGCACCUGAGGUUUCAUGGGCGAGAAGGGAACUGCCCUCUGACCUGUGACAUCUGCAACAAGGGCUUCAUCAACAGCGGUGCCCUCGAGAGCCACAUGAAGUUCCACAUGGACCAGAAAACUUAUUCCUGCAUCUUCUGUCCUGAGUCCUUUGACCGCUUGGAUCUGCUGAAGGACCACGUGGCCAUCCACGUCAACGAUGGCUACUUCACCUGCCCCACCUGCAAAAAACGCUUCCCAGACUUCAUCCAGGUCAAGAAGCAUGUCCGGAGCUUCCACUCAGAGAAGAUUUACCAGUGCACGGAGUGUGACAAGGCCUUCUGCAGGCCUGACAAGCUGCGCCUCCACAUGCUGCGGCACUCCGACCGCAAGGACUUCCUCUGCUCCACCUGUGGCAAGCAGUUCAAGAGGAAGGACAAGCUGCGAGAGCACAUGCAGAGGAUGCACAACCCAGAGAGGGAAGCCAAGAAAGCCGACCGGAUCAGCCGCUCCAAGACCUUCAAGCCCCGGAUAGCCUCCAGCGACUAUGAGAGCUUCAUGUUCAAGUGUCGGCUCUGCAUGAUGGGCUUCCGCCGCAGGGGCAUGCUGGUGAAUCAUUUAUCAAAGAGACAUCCAGACAUGAAAAUAGAAGAGGUGCCAGAGCUCACGUUACCCAUCAUCAAACCCAACAGAGAUUACUUCUGUCAGUACUGUGAUAAGGUGUACAAGAGUGCCAGCAAACGCAAAGCACACAUCCUGAAGAACCAUCCUGGUGCUGAGCUACCUCCAAGCAUCCGGAAACUGCGUCCUGCAGGCCCCGGAGAGCCGGAUCCCAUGCUGAGCACCCACACCCAGCUGACAGGCACCAUAGCCACCCCUCCAGUCUGCUGUCCUCACUGUUCCAAGCAGUACAGCAGUAAGACAAAGAUGGUCCAACACAUUCGCAAGAAGCACCCAGAGUUCGCUCAGCUCCCUAACACAAUCCAUGCUCCACUGGCAACAGCUGUCAUCAGCUCCACUCCUGCUGUCCUCACCACUGACAGCACGACUGGAGAGACUGUUGUGACAACAGAUCUCCUGACACAGGCAAUGACAGAGAUAUCCCAGACCCUGACAACAGACUAUCGAACCCCCCAGGGAGAUUACCAGCGAAUCCAGUACAUCCCUGUGUCUCAGUCCACAACUGGCUUGCAGCAGCCCCAGCACAUACAGCUGCAGGUUGUUCAAGUGGCCCAGGCUACCUCACCUCACCAGUCCCAGCACUCCACAGUGGAUGUUGGGCAGCUUCAUGACCCCCAGACCUACACCCAGCAUGCUAUCCAGGUGCAGCACAUCCAGGUCGCAGAGCCAUCCCCAGCAACUCAGCCAUCAUCACAGGUUGGGGGUCAGUCUCUGAGCCCCUCCUCACAACCACCUCAGCAGGAACUCAGCCCCUCCCAGAUGCAGACAGCCACAACAGCCCCAAGCCAAGCCCUCCAGCAGCAGCAAGGCUCUUCAGUGCAGCACACCUAUCUUCCCAGCACGUGGAACUCAUUUCGGAGCUACUCCUCUGAGAUCCAGAUGAUGACCAUUCCCCAAGGUCAGUACGUGAUCACAGAGACUGCUGUAGGUACACCGGUCACCACUGUCAACACUGGGCAAGUGAAAGCAGUUACUCAGACUCACUACGUGAUCUCUGAAGGUCAGCCUGAUCUGGAUGUCAAACAAAACUCUUCCCUCUCCAGUGAGGUGCCGGUCGGCGUUUCCCAGCCGCCAGCCCACACGGAUCCCCUGGAAUCCCAAACGAGCAGCCAGCAGCAAACCACCCAAUACAUCAUCACCACCAGCACCAAUGGGAGCGGUGGCAGUGAAGUGCACAUCACCAAACCAAGAACUUUCCCAGCAGAGCAUGAAUGA